UCCACGGGAGAGGACCCGUAUUUCCGGUGUGGUUGUUGUCUAGGACCCUAAGCAGCCGUCAGUCUCCUGUGUACAGAGUUUGGUCUCCCGUUAACUCCGUUAGCUCACCGUUUAAAACGCCCGACGGCUCCAGAUUAAGCAAAAUGACUCUUCAGAGUCCAGCUCCUGCUAGCUGCUAGCAAACGCCGCUGCACAGCUACAGUUAUCUAGCGUUAGCUGCUGCUAGCUCCUUUAGCCUUAGCUUCCCACGUAGCGCGCUAACGGAGCCUACCACAGAGCUCACCGGCUAACUGCUGCGUUUCUGCGGCUGUUUGUCCCGAAUAAAACACCGAAGAGGAAGCGUUAACAUGGACGCACGGCUGCGGAGCCAAUAACCGUUGCAUCUGUGUAAAGAGGUCGAGUCCAUCAGAGCCUGGCGUGGACUCCGUGGAGACCUUUGCCUGAUCCGAGGUUUUACCUUCACCCUGAACACACCUGCCUGCCGGAAGCCAUGCUGACCUAGAAUCAGCUGUCAGUUUGUGCAGUGAGCUGAAUCAUCCAGAGAUAGAGACCAUGUCUGAGAACCAGGCCAACAACAACAACGUCCCUCUGAACAACAACAUGGGACCCAACAGGAUGCGAAACCCCAACAUCAACCAGAACCCCCUCAUCAACGUCCGCGACCGCCUCUUUCACGCCCUCUUCUUCAAGAUGGCCGUCACGUACGCCCGACUGUUCCCUCCGUCCUUCAGGAGGGUCUUUGAGUUCUUUGUCCUGCUCAAGGCGCUCUUCGUCCUCUUCAUCCUCGCCUACAUUCACAUCGCCUUCUCUCGCUCGCCCAUCAACUGUCUGGAGGUGGUGAGGGAGCGCUGGCCCCGUGACGGCAUCCUGAGAGUGGAGAUCCAGAGGAACUCCAGCCGGGCCCCCGUCUUCCUGCAGUACUACGACUCCGCGGGCCUCCAGGAGGAGCUGGAGGCUGAGGAGGAGGAGGAGGGGAGAGGAGGUGCAAGAGGAGUGGUGGGGCUCAGCCUGGCGGCGCUGCCGGAGGAGGAAGAUGACGAAGAGGAGAUGACCCUGGAGAUGUUUGACAACAGCUCUGUGCAGUUCGAGCUGGACAUUGAGCCUCGUCUGAAGCCGUCUCUGAUUGGAGGAGGUGUUGGAAGAGGAGGAGCAGGAGGGAACGACAGCCAGGACGUCUCCUUCAGCCAGACCACUAAAGGUAUGCAGCCGCUGAAGGACUCAGUGUCUGAGCUGGAGAUGAUGACCAGAGCAGUGUGGCCUCAGGAGGAGUACAUCGUGGAGUAUUCUCUGGAGUACGGCUUCCUGCGUCUGUCUCAGACCACCAGACAGCGGCUCAACAUCCCCGUCAUGGUCGUCACUCUGGAUCCCAUGAAGGACGAGUGCUUCGGUGACGGCUUCAGCCGCUUCCUGCUCGACGAGUUUUUGGGCUACGAUGACAUCCUGAUGUCCAGCGUGAAGGCGCUCGCAGAGAACGAGGAGAACAAAGGGUUCCUGAGGAAUGUGGUGUCCGGAGAACAUUACCGCUUUGUGAGCAUGUGGAUGGCCAGGACCUCCUACCUGGCCGCCUUCGUCAUCAUGGUGAUAUUCACUUUGUCCGUGUCCAUGCUGCUCAGAUAUUCUCACCACCAGAUCUUCGUCUUCAUCGUGGAUCUUCUUCAGAUGUUGGAGAUGAACAUGACUAUCGCCUUCCCAGCAGCCCCUCUGCUCACCGUCAUCCUGGCUCUCGUUGGCAUGGAGGCCAUCAUGUCCGAGUUCUUCAACGACACAACAACGGCCUUCUACAUCAUCCUCAUCGUGUGGUUGGCCGAUCAGUACGACGCCAUCUGCUGUCACACCAACACCAGCAAACGCCACUGGCUGAGGUUCUUCUAUCUUUACCACUUUGCAUUCUACGCGUAUCACUACCGCUUCAACGGGCAGUACAGCAGCCUGGCGCUGGUCACCUCCUGGCUCUUCAUCCAGCAUUCCAUGAUCUACUUCUUCCACCACUACGAGCUCCCUGCCAUCCUGCAGCAGAUCCGGAUCCAGGAGAUGCUGCUUCAAAACCAGCAGGCGGGUCAGGCCAACCAGACCGCCCUGCAGGACAACCUGAACAACAACACCAGUGCCGCCGCCGCUGCUGCUGGACCGGGACCGACCAACACCGCCCAGCCAGGACCCAACAGCACCCAGCAGGAGGCUCAGACUGACCCCCAGGCCUCCUCCUCCUCCACAGCAGCAUCCGGAGUUGGAGGGGAGGUGAGGUCGGAGUUGAACUGGGUCGCUCAGACGGCGGCCAUCAUCACCGAAGUUCUGUCCUCCUCCAACCAGCACUCCUCGGCUGACCCCGCGGACGAAGGCGGUGCAACCGGAGGUGGAGGAGCAACGGGAGGAGAAUUGGAUGCAGCAUCAGGAGGAGGAGGAGGAGGAGAAGGAGGAGGAGCUGGAGGUGCAGCAUUAGAUGAAGCAGCAGGAGAAGGAGCAGGAGGCCGAGGUGGUAAAGAUGAUCAGAAAGUUGCUGAAAUCAAAACCGCAGCAGGAGCUGCCGAUCUGCCACCCAGCCCUCCAAUCAGAGAGCCCCAGGCGGUGGAGGCGGGGCCUUCGAAGGAGACCCCCUCACAGACAGACUGCCCCCCUCCACUGAGUCCAGGUACAGACUGCAGAGCACCACAGACCCCGUCCUGAGGUCCCAGCUGGAGUCCUGCUGACAUCAUGUCCGCGGUACCUCAGUCUGUCAGCUGAUCAGGGCGAUUGAUCAGUGAUUGGCUGAUCAUUUUAUUUCUGGCGUCAAACAAGCGAGUGAUUGCUCAAGAAGCUCUGGCUCGGGGCCCCACAGCAGGUCACAGGGUUCCUCUGCGGGGCCACCGAGUUUUCACUUUGCUCCUCUCUGGUUGAACUGGUUCAUUGGAAACCAGAUCGACUCUAGAAUCUAGUCCAGAUCAGUUCAGAGAACAAAGAUGAUAUCUUAAUGUUCAGUCCGUCAUCUAUCAUCAGUUAGAUCCAUAAAACACGUUAUCAUAACCUUAAGUAAAGACCAAAUCCAUGUAUCACCUUUUCAGUUUGAUAGAAAUGAGAUUGUGAUGUUUUAAACAGAAACAAACUAUUCAGUGAAUGUUUCUAAUUUCCAGAUGUUUCAUUGCUGUUGUUCCUUCAUCACACUGGUUUGUUCGGACUCCGUCACAGACACUAAUUACAGCAUCUCGCGUGGACGGAGGAAUAGUCCCCAACCAAGUCCCUGUUUCUUGAUGAAACAAUUGAUUUGGCUUUAACAUACACUAUUUUAAAUGACCCAGUGAUCAGUUAUUGAUCAGCGAAUCGGUGUUGAUCAGCCCUCAUUCUGACAGACUGAAGCACAAACUGAACCCUGUUGAAUUCUGUUUCCAUCUGCUUUUAUUUUGAAGAACAACACUUUGAGAGCAGGAAGUAGUUUUAGUGGAGGAACUGAUCGAUCGGGUGGAUUGGGAAUGCCUGACAGAACUGAUGCCUUAUCAAUGAUCCUCUGUGGACACCACAGAGACGUCAGCAGUGGAGCGAGCUGAUUGGUUGUGCAAUAUGAUGCCAGCUGUCACACGCCAGGCCCCGCCUUCUGCUUAUCAAUGUGCUGCGUUCAGGGAACCGAAGGCAAAAACAACUCAAAACUCCUUUUUUAAGAUCCAUUUAUUCAAUGAAGUGAAUUAAUUAAAAGUCACGUUUCCAUCUUCACCCCAAACAUGUCACAUAAAUUCACAUGGGUUAUGUUUAAACCGUUUACUGCUCAAACAAAUUGUCAAUAACUACGCAGAUAUAUAAUCGUAUAUAGAUACAAAUAUAUAUUUAUAAAUAUAUUAUUUAUAUCUAUAUGUAUAGAUAUAAGGAUAUAUAUUGUAUGUAAAAUAACAUGUCUGUUGACAAUUCAUGUCAUUUCAAAAAAAAUGUGUCUCAAGAAUGUGAAUCUCUUUUGGAAGUUAAAUGAUCUAUUCCUACUAAAGAGAAGGAUUGAUCAGAUGUGUUGCUUGUUCCCAUGGUUACCCUGAGUCAGUCAGACCUUGUUUAACCUGCGUUUCAUUACCUGAAAUCUGUCACAGGAUCUCUAAGCACGUUGAGCGCAUCAUUAACGAGGAGAACUGCUUCUGUUUAAUUAUUUCUUUUUUGCAGAUUUCUACAUUUGUGUCGUGAUGGAGGCGGGGCCUAAAUUGUGACGUCAGCAUCAGAGGGAGGGGUUUAGUUAUUUUUUUCUCUGUGCCUCUGCUGGAUGACUGUAACUUCAAUAGUUGGCCUGAAGCCUGAAACUCAUGAAAAUGUAUUUAACUGUAAAACAGUAAAAACCAGUGCUCAACAACAGCUGUUUGCGCACGCACACACUGUG